AUGGCUCAGGUGACGAGGAGCGAGGCCUGGCGGCCAUGGCCUCCCGGGCCUCCCACCACGCUCACUGGACCGCCACAGACGCUCAGAGCUCCGUGUCCUCCAUCGACGGUGCGCCCGCGGCCUCCGCCUCCGCCCGGCACCGUGCGGCCAGCCCCUUCAAGGACCAUUGUUUCAAAGACCCGGGCCUCAAAUCCACGGCAAGCUGGCACGACCACCAUGAAGUGGUAUGCUGGCCGUGAGAAGCAUCCAAGUGCAGGGUACACCUUCGACGCCCAGAACCUCAGCGAAGAGGAGCGCCUGGAAAAGCAGCUGCAGCUCGAGGCGGAGUGCAACGGUGUGGAGUCUGGCGGCUAUGUGGCUGCAGAGGCUCUGAAUGAGCAUCCUAGUGCUCUUCCAGGCUUUGAUCGCAGGCUCUGGUCCGCAGACCCCUUCUAUGCUUGGAGAACUCAGGAGGAGUUGUGCGACGAGUCCGUAACGCCUGUGCCCCACCUCCAGCGGGAUAAUUGCCGGCCUGGCCACCAGGAGGCAGCACAGCCUUCUCCCGACAUGAUAGCGCGGCCAAAGGAGCUGACCCAGGUCCAGGAGCCAGAUUCCUGGUUGCAUUGGUUCCAGGCCAGGAAGCAACCGCCUCCAGCCCCACCUCAACCUCGGCCAUCGGCGCCGCUGCCUAGCUCGGCCUCCAUGGCGCCGCGCUGGGACAAGGAGAAGGCACCGGACUGUGGAAAACUUGCGACGGCCAUGGAACCUGCCCAGACACCGCUUCUGCCGGAGCCGUCGCCUGCCGAGCUGCGCGAGCGUCUGGAACCCGAGCUCGUUGCCGCUGGCCUCUCUUGGGAUGAGGUGGACGAGCACCUAUGGUCAGAGCUGCGCUCUGUUGGAGAGCUUCGGCGAGCUGCAGCAUACCCCCACACCUUCCCUCGACGCUUGGCUGCUUUGUGCGCUCCGUUGGGACGUCGAAUGGCUGCUGCCGAGGUGCGGAGCUUCCUCGAGCCUGAGUUGGCCAAGCACUGCAUCAGCUGGCAGGACUUCGUUGGUGGUGCACAGCCGCCACUGGAUGACAUCAGCCCCGCGGACCUCGAAGGCUGUCCACGGCAGCCACACGUCCUCGCUCGGCGGGUCGCCGCGGCUCUGCGGCCUCACGAACCCGUAGAGGCUCCACAGCCAAGCCUGAGCCUGGCGGAUCCACAAGAGGCCCACUACGUAGCCUCGAGCUUGCCUCCUACGGAGCCUGCACCGCUGCUGGACGUUGGCGAACGAGACAUCGAUCGACAAGGACCUCAAGAAUUGCCGGACAAAGCGCCGGCGAACAGGAGCAGUUCCAAAGAAGCACUGCCAAGUGAGGAGGCGCAAAGGUCCAAGAAGGAGAAGCGGCGGGAAAAGAAGGACAAGAAGGACAAAAAGGGCAAAGGAGCAAUCCUGGUCCUGAUAGAACUGACAGGUGGCAUUCCAUACUCCAGGAGUAGCCCAUGCAUCGUGGCUGCGCACAGCAGCAGCCUCGGCGUUCUGGUUAAGGACUUCUCACACCUGGACCGCAUUGACCUCAUCGGAGGAAAUGGCAGGUGGCGCCAGAUACGGGCAGAAGAGGAGUUUGCACGGCGAGCAGUAGAAGAAGAGAAGCGUCUCCGAGCGCAGCAGGAGGAGGAGGAGAAGAGGCGCCAGCGGAAGCUCGCCCUUCAGGCGAAACGCCGGCGUCUCCAGGAAGAGGAAGAGAGGAGACGGAAAGAAGAGCGUGAACGCCAGCAUCAAGAGACGGUCCGGAUCGAGGAGCUAAAAAGGAUCGAGGAGGAGCGUGAGAGGCACCGCAAAGAGCAGGAGGAGAAGGAUUGGCUGGCCAGACAGCCAAAGCCAUGCCAGGUUUGCUCAGGCACCGGGAAAUGCAUACAAUGCGUGGGCAUCGGGCACAAUCCCGUGCUAUACCUGGCGGCUAAUGUCAACGGGAAAAACACGAAGGGAGACUAUGGCAGGCGACUACAAGGCUGUGAUGGCUGCUUCGGUUUCAAGCAGAACAUGAUGGCUGAUCUGAAGAAGGGCACUGGUCGCUGUCCAAGCUGCGAUGGCUGGGGCAAGAUCAGACCAGACAUAGACCUCACCUCGCCGACCGGCCGAACGAAAAGGAACAGCGUCUGUGCUGCACCAACCGGCUUUUUCUCUGUCGGCUGA